CUGCGUUAAUUUUACAACUUCAUUUGCUCGCUGGAGGACAUAGAUAGAGCACAAUGAGGUGCCUGGCUGUCCUUGUCCUCCUCGUGUUGCAAGCCGGAGUUGGCCUCGGGUCCACUGACGGAGAACUCAGAGGAGCAGGGGAAAAUCUGAUCGUAAACGCCGAUUCAACCUCCAUUAAACCUACACAGCCAUCAUCGUUGCUACCGCCACCACCGCCACCACCCCCACCACCGCCACCACCGCCGCGGAAGUUCUAUUCGUUUGGUCCCCUCGUCUGGUGUUAUUUUAACUUCCCCCAAUGGCCAGACAUGCCCGAAAUGCCGCCUAGCCCAGCCCAGCCCUCCAGCCCUGCUGGCUUUGCGGGAAGGGACACGGCAGCAUUUGAAUCCCCUUCUCAACCGCCAUCACCGCGCAAGACCGCCACCAAGGCAGUUCAACAAAAGGCCCCCAGCACCAAGCCUCCACCGUCCCCGAAGAUGCGGCCACCGCCACGUCUGCCCUCGCCACCCCCGCCUCCAAGCCCCCCACCACCCAGCCCCAAGCCUCCAAGCCCUAGCCGCAGCCCGCCCAGGCCUCGGAGCUCGCAGCCCACCUCUCGACCGGCAACUGGGUCACCUGCACCAAAGGCCUCCCGCCGCUUGCUCCGACUGUAG